GCAUCUCGUGCAUUGCUCCCUGCCUUUAUGUAAAUCUGCAGAUUACCUGUUAUCUAAACAGGACAUCUGAAAACAAGCAGUGAUCCUGUCACCAAAGUGUAUCAGAAAGGGAGCCUAUGAGAGAAGCAAAGCUGUUUCGUUGGAGCCCUCAGUCCCAGGGAAGUGUGUUUCACAGCUCUCCGACCUGCUGUAGGACUUCAGCUCUGACUCAGAAGAAGAACGCCUGCCAGAGGAAAGCCACUUAAGACAUUUCACAGUUCCCUGGUCAGAGCCAGCCAUGACAAGGACUGCUACGUGCAUAUACCACUUCCUUGUUUUGUGUUGGUAUAUUUUUCUCAAUUAUUACAUCUCACCAGAAAGAGAGGAUCUGCAGAAAUCCAAAAUCUUUGUAAAUGGAGGACGUUGGAAAUACUUGACACUCCUUAAUCUGUUUGUAUUUUUGACAUUCUGGAUGCUCUUUCUGUACGAUCGAGAACUUAUUUUCCCGAAGGCCCUCGAUGCUAUCUUUCCAGUGUGGUUGAAUCAUGCCAUGCACACAUCCAUAUUCCCCUUCUCACUGGUUGAAAUCAUUCUCAGGCCACACUGCUAUCCAUCGAAGAAGAAAGGACUCACCUUGUUGGCUGUUGCUAGCCUUGCUUACAUUGGCAGGGUCCUCUGGAUCUACUCUGAGACGAGUACGUGGGUGUAUCCUGUGUUUGCCAAACUCAGCCCAGUGGGUCUGGCAGCCUUCUUCUCUCUCAGCUACGUCUUCACUGCCGGCAUCUACAUAUUUGGCGAGAAGCUCAACCACUGGAAAUGGGGUGACAUGAGGCAGCCGAGGAAGAAGAGGAAGUGAUUACAUGCCAUUUUCCAAGAACUAAGGAGGAAGAAAACAUGAAAUUUUUUUGUUCCUUUUUUUUUUUGGUGGUGAGAGGUGGUGGAGAAACACAUGAAAGUAGAAAACAAGAGAAUUAUAAAGAUGGCUUAAUUUGAGGACUCCUGGUUUUUUGAAAGACUUACUGGGCUAAAAUCAGCUAUUGCUGUGUCAGGAUUUGUGACCUUCGUGUAACCUCUGUGGAGGAUAGUCUGUGGUCAAAAUCUGGCCGUAGGCCAAAGAAACUCAUAAACUGGGUGUUAGAGAAUGUUUAGACAGAGUAAAGAAUUUACCAUUAUUCAAACGGCUCACUUCACAGAGGAUGCUGAGGGCCUAGGUGAGAAGUUACUUGCAUGAGGCCAAGUGUUAGACCGAGACAAUAGCUUUUGUGUCCCAGACCUUGUAACUCCAGAUCCUGUGCCAUUUUUGAAUAAUCCCAAGUUUCCUAAAAAUAAACAUUUUUCUAAGCUA